AACCUUUAAUGUAGCGCGGAGCAUUGGGGCUUUCCAGCUCUCACUGAACCUUCAGCAUCCCCAGCGGCCAGUCUUGGCAUCUUCGAAGUAAGGAGAGUUUUAGAUGCUUCUGGAUGUUCAAUGCUAGCACCUUUACAGACUGGAGCAGCUCGAUUUUCUUCAUAUUUGCUUUCAAGAGCAAGAAAAGUGCUGGGCUCUCACUUGUUUUCUCCUUGUGGUGUUCCGGAGUUCUGCUCCAUAUCCACCAGAAAGCUGGCGGCCCACAGCUUUGGCGCAUCCAUGGCGGCAAUGAUGUCCUUCCCUCCCCAGAGGUAUCACUACUUUUUAGUGCUGGACUUUGAGGCCACGUGUGACAAGCCACAGAUUCAUCCUCAGGAAAUCAUCGAGUUCCCCAUCCUGAAGCUAAAUGGCCGGACCAUGGAGAUUGAGUCUACCUUUCACAUGUAUGUCCAGCCCAUAGUUCAUCCACAGCUUACUCCCUUCUGUACAGAGCUCACCGGGAUUAUUCAAGCCAUGGUGGAUGGUCAGCCAAGCCUGCAGCAAGUGCUGGAGAGGGUCGAUGAGUGGAUGGCGAAGGAAGGCCUCUUAGAUCCAAACGUCAAGUCAAUUUUUGUCACCUGUGGAGACUGGGACUUAAAAGUCAUGCUCCCAGGACAGUGCCAGUACUUGGGCUUGCCAGUAGCAGAUUACUUCAAGCAGUGGAUUAACCUGAAAAAGGCUUACAGCUUCGCCAUGGGCUGCUGGCCCAAGAAUGGACUUCUAGACAUGAACAAGGGCCUCAGCCUGCAACACAUAGGCCGGCCCCACAGCGGCAUUGAUGACUGCAAGAACAUUGCCAACAUCAUGAAGACACUCGCGUAUCGAGGCUUCAUCUUCAAGCAGACGUCAAAGCCGUUCUGACUGACCGAGGAUGGGAUGGGGCAGGAUAGGGUAGCUGCUUGGCCCAGCCCAGAACCUUCCUCUCCCUCACCAGAGGGGCAAAGGGAGAGUGGCACAGCUCUGCGUCCAGAGUGUCCCCCAGCCUGCCCUGUGGGCUUCUGCCCUGGGUAAGGCCUGGCUACUUGGCCCCUCUGGAACAGACACUUUGUGCCCCCUACCCCCACCUCUCAACCUCAGCCCAGUAUCAGCCCCUCCCACUGUGGGCCUGGGCUGGGGGACCUCCUCCUCACCGCCUCCUCCCGAUACACAGGCUUCUGCUGGGGCCACCAAGCCCCCCUGUGCCCCCUCCCAUCUGUAGUGCAUGGUGUGUGGUACCCCCAGGGCUCCAGGACAGAUCAGGCCCCACCUUGUGUCUGCCCCCGUCCCUGCUGUGAACGUGCCACUGAAUAAAGUCG